UAAUGGUAUACAAUAACUCAGUUAUACAAGUCUCGUUUGGUGAAACGGUUGUUUUUGUGCUCUUCCAUCUCGAACCAACUGAACUGAGUGUUUUCGUCUCUUCUCAUAGUACUUUCAUAUAUGCAUAAUUCGGGCUAAUUGAAAUUCAGUUUGUGAAGUGAAAUCAAAUGCGGGGCAAUCGAAUUACAUAAAAGUUAUUUCAAGUAAAAUUUUGCUGUUAAAUCGAUGCCAUUGGAAUUGAGCUGUAAAUUAAACCAAACGAGAUCAUUUAAAUAGAGAAAAGUGAUUCAUUUAGAGAAGAAAAAACACCAUACACACAAAAUUAUGAAGCAAACAUAAAGGUGCAUCAUUGCAUACCAUAUCAAAAUCAAACAGAGAAUCAAACAGAGACUACAGCUGCAAAUCAAUACACUGACCGGAGAUGCUGUGCACACAUACAAUCAUCAAAUAAUGUAUGUGAUUUGCUGUCUUCUUUAAACAAACGUAUGCGUUACUAUACUGUUGAUUUUUUACAACAACAACAAAACACACACACACACAUUUUGUGGUAAAAAUCAAAAGUGAGAAAAUUUGAAACCAACCACAGAAACAUUCAAAUUCCAAGGUGGACAGACAGAUGAAAUCUAUAUCAUAUAGUUGAGAGAAACACAAAACAUCGACAUUAACAAUACAUAUCGAAAUUUGUACAAUAACAAUAGUAGAGAAUUAGCGGUGGACGUGCUAAUAAGUAAAACAAUAGCGAUCAGGUUACAAGAAAACCACAACAGUCAAAAAUUGUGUUCAAUUGUUUGGUGAUGUGAGAGUUAUUUUGUUUUGCAAAAAUUGCUGUUACCGCACGUUUCAUCCGAUGCAUGUAAAGGAUACUCCUCAGUUGAUUUAAAGUGAUUUGUUACGUAUAUCAACGAAAAUAGUAUCGGCAGCAUUUGAAAAAGUGAGAGAGAAUGGGAUGGUACGAUUUAUUUCAUAGCAGUGAUGGACCAACACUCUAUACGAUAUCAAAUCGCACCUCGGUUACCUAUGACGUGUCCAUUGUCGCCGUAUGCAUUCUCUUUGCAACUUUAUUUUGUGCAUUUAUCAUCAUAUUUCCGGGCGUUAGAAAACAAAGAUUUUCAACAUUUUUAACGGUUACCUUAAGUUUGUUCGUCGGUCUAGUCAUUUUGGUCACCCGUCUUGGUUCAGCAUGGCAUGUUUCGUCAACGCACAUCGUAGCACCAUAUCGAUCAUUUUCGCGUGAAAAAAUACCCGGAACGAUUGGCGCCUACAUUGGUUUAAUGCAUUUGAAUGUCACCUUGAAAGCGCUACCAGUUGGAAAUUGGACAGUUCGAGACAUUGAUUUUAAUGAGCAAUUUCGUUGGGAUGCAGCACUGGACAUGCAAAAUUCAUAUCACAUGGCUCUAAAACGUGGUUUACCGUAUCCAAUUUUAACCGUGGCAGAGUACUUCAGUUUGGGUCGAGAAGGUUUUGCAUGGGGCGGACAAUAUAGAGCAGCUGGUUAUUUUGCCAGCAUUAUGCUAUGGGCAUCACUUGCAUCGUGGCUUUUAAUGAAUUUACUAUUGGUGGCUGUGCCAAGAUACGGAGCAUACACAAAAAUUGUUACCGGUUUAUUAUUAAUUAGUACAAAUCUAGGUUAUUCAUGGCUUGUGCCAAAGCCUCAGCUCGUCAUUAUCAUGGAAGGUGGACGUUUGACAUUUCACUAUGGUUGGUGUUUUUGGUUGAUUUUAGUAGCGGGCAUUUUGUGUUUGUUCGUCGGUACGGUUAUAUCCGGGAUUGAUUUGGUAUGGCCGCACACAUUUUCAACCAUUGUGGAAGUGUAUUUUGAUACCCCGUACGAUCGACACGUAAUUCUAGAGGAAUCACAUGACGUACGAUAUCAAAAACGAAACAGCCGGGCGCUUGAUGAAAGUUUGGGCCAUAAAAUAUUAAGACGUCUAUCGUCGAAGACACGAGACAUGAACAGCGGUGCAGGCAAUACUAGCAGUGGCAUCGAUAAUCGAGCAUAUCAACGAGAUGCACCAAACUCACCGUGGGAUUACACACAUCGACCGCGACCACUACAUCAGCCGUUGCAUCGAACAAUAUCAGAAGACUCGACUACUUCGAUGCAAAUGGAAAUGCAACCGAUUCAAAAAAUGGUUCUCUCACGGAAAAUACCGCAACCCAUUGCAGAGCAACACACUGUGGAUAUGAAUUGGUGAACGUAAAUCUAUUUACUCAAUUCAAAGUCAAGUUCAACGUUAAAGAGAGAAAGAGAACUGAGUGUUUGAUGAAAACGGAAACAUAAUUUUAAUUUUAAU